GUAGAAAGAGGAUGAUUUUACCUGGUUCACACUUCAGACUCAAAUCACAACUGCUUGGCUUUUAAUCAUCUCAGAGUUUUUAGAAUGUCACUUUGAGGACAGCAGAGUCUGACAUGAGAGGAAGUUUACCAAACAUUCAUGUUUUACACAAACACUCCCAAUCACUAAGACUCCUGGUCCAAGCUCAGCUGACACACAAACUAACACAUUUUCCUGGGACGAUGUUGUGCUCUCGUUUGCGUACUUCACUCCCUCGCCUCAUGCCACUGAGGAUGAUGAGCACUGCGGCCUGUAGGACGGUGGAGGUCAAACAGCCCAGUCUUCUCUCUGAUGCUCUGGCCUUUGAGGAUCCCAAAGCCUUCAGGGUGAAGAGUUUCGGUGAGCUGCUGCGUGCUCUAGGUGUGUUUCGUCUGUGCUCCUUCCCUGUGCUGGUUAACAACUGUGGAAAGCUCAUGAUGAUUGCUCGUACCAUCCUGGGGAGGAGGGGGUUCUCCAUGCUGCUGAGGCCCACUGUGUAUGCUCAAUUUGUGGCUGGAGAGAAUGAGAGAGAGAUCUCUCAGUCCAUGGAGAAAAUGAGCCUGCUGGGACUGAGGCCUAUGCUGGCUGUGCCAAUAGAGGAGGAUCUGGGAGAAAGCACUGGAGAGAAGAGGUAUGACGACAACAUGGAGGCCAUGUUGGAAUGUGUUCGAAUGUCGCACAGCAACGCCUGGAGCAAAGAUCCCAUGAUGCAGCUGAAGAUCACGGCCCUGCUCAGCCCUGAACUGUGUGUUAAACUCACAACCCUCAUCGCACAACAGCCAUAUGACUUGGAUCUAGUAGUCAGGGCAAUGGGCGGAGAGCAAAUCAUCUUCUCUGGUCUGGAUGAAGGCGAAGCUGCUCAUUUUCUCUGUGGCCUGCAGCGACUUAACAAAAUAGCUGAGGCAAGUGUGAACAAAGUGCGAGUCCUGGUGGAUGCAGAGUACACCUACAUGAACCCUGCCCUCUCUCUCGUCACAAUGGCAAUGAUGAAGAAGUUUAACAAAGAUGGCGUCUGGAUUUGGAACACAUAUCAGUGUUACCUAAAGGAGUCUCAGUCUCUCCUAUUAGAGGCUCUGCAUCUCUCUAAGGAGCAUGGUUUCUGUCUAGGAGUCAAGCUGGUGCGAGGAGCCUACAUGGACAAAGAGAGGAAGCUGGCAGAGAAAGAGGGCCGACAGGACCCCAUUCACAACUGCUGGGAGGACACCAAUGUCAGCUAUAAUGGCUCACUUGAUGUGAUGCUGAAGGCGAUAUCCCAGCAACCUGAGCACUACAGGAUCAUAGUGGCCACUCACAAUGAGGAGUCUGUGAGAAAGGCUGCCAAAAGGAUGGAAGAAUUAGAGAUAGACAAAGACGGAGGCUCGGUGUGUUUCGGACAGCUGCUGGGAAUGUGUGAUCACGUCUCCCUUACACUUGCUAAGGAGGGCUAUGCUGUCUACAAGUCGGUGCCGUAUGGCUCAGUGGACGACACGCUGCCUUAUCUGGUGCGUCGGGCUCAGGAGAAUCGCGCCGUGCUGCAGGGAAUCCGCAAAGAGAGAGACCUACUGAGGAGGGAGUUUUACAGGAGGCUGAGUCUGAGAGGAGGGAACUAAAGGGCAACAAACAAGACAGGACUCUCUGUUAUGUUUUUCCAGUGGAAUAGUACUGGAUUAAGGUGUGCUGCAGAUGGGACAAAGAGAAUGGCACCAGUUCAGGGAUACACAAGUGGGAGAAGUUUUUGGCUUCACUUUUGUACAAAUUCAAGUGACAGAGACAGCAGUCAAUCAGUUAAGACGGUAAACAUUUGUUGGCAACAGAGAAAGACAGAUGCAAGACAAGGGUUGAAGAGGUUUGUUUCAAAUCUUCAGCUAAUAAAGUGUUUAAAGUGGAUCUAAACACCCUAAAUAAGAUGUGACAGUGGCAUUUAUGGCAUAUUUAUGGUUCCUGAUACUUUCAUUGUAUUUGUAAGGAUAUUUUGUCUGUAAUUUGAGUGGCCUUUGACUCUAAAGUGCAUUUCUCUGCAUACUCACUCCAGUUGAUCACCUCUUUAAAAGUAGUCAUUUCAGUCUGUAUUACCAAUGAACUUGGACGAGUAUCACUAUGACUUUAUUCUAUAUUCAGGUAUGAAUAUGAGAUGGUAAGAAGCAGCUUUUAAGUUUGUAAUUACACUCUGUACGUCAUUGCAAAAAUGUGAAAAAUGUGGAUUAAGUGUUCCAAUAUCAACACCUAGCCAGGAUGCCAACCUUAAAUACUGCAUCCCUACUUUUUUAGAAGAAAUAUUUUUGCUUAUGCAAAACUUGACAUGCUUGUUCUGUAAUCAUACAGAUCAUUUGAUCUUUGUACAUAGUAUUUGAAAAAGGAAAUCAUCUAUUAAUAAUUUAAAAGUCUUCCAAGAGUACCAAUAGAAGCUAUCCAGAAUCAAGAUUGAUCAUUUAUCUUACCUAGAUGAUUCUUGCUAACUAAGAGCCAAUGAUUAGUGAAGCAAGGUUUCGCAAAAUGGUUGUAGGAGUUAUGUUCUCCAUUUUCUAAUGUUUUGGAAA